AUGGUCGCCACGUCGACUUUGACAGCCAGAUUGACACAUCUCCUACCCUUCAAAUCGAUGUCUCGAUCUCUCCGCCCUUCCCUCUCCCUUGUUGAAAGAGCAGGGCAUUUGCAAUUGCGCCACAUCAGCUACAGGUCGUAUUCACGCUCCAUCCUCUCCGGGUUGCAGCCUCCAUCUCCGCAAUCAUCUGGCCUGUCGAGCCUUUUACGGGGACACCUCCGCCCGGAGCCACGGAUCGCUGCGAAGAGCUCAGCCGGUCCGGCUCCGACAUGCCAUACGAGGCUUGCUGUGUGCGCCAUUCGCGCUCGAGCCGACGGUAGAAGCAGGUCCGGAAAAUUCGCCGCUUCUUCCGCAGCAGCCGCGUCGAGCACCUCUCUUAUCCCCGCAGCGGCAGCCCUUGCCUCCGAAUCGCUCGAGCCGUCGCUCUCGCAGCUCCCCACUCCCGAUGCCGUCUCCACCAUCGCAGAUGCGACGGCGACAGUCGCGGAGGGCGAGGGGCUGGAUAUUGGAUUCAGCUUCAAGGACCUAGACCUGGGCCUGGACGCUUCAAGCACCAGCACUGACGCUGCAACUGCCACAGCUGCCGAUGCUGCUGCUGAUGUUGCCGCGGAUGCAGCAGAUGCUGUGUCUGCCGCUGCUGCUGAUAGUAUCGCAGUGCCGGACGAGGUGCUCGACCUGCCCACCAGCUCGGCCCUUCCAGACCUGCCCGAGCUGCCCAAGUUUUCGUAUCCCACCAGGGAUGCCGCUCCUUCUUUUGAGAAACCAGGAUUCAGCAUGCCCGAAUUCAAGAAGCCAGAGUUCACCAUGCCCGAGUUUAAGAAGCCUGAGUUUGAGUUUAGCCUGCCUGAUUUCAAGAAGCCCGAGUUUAGCAUACCUGACUUCCAGAAUCGAGAGUUUAGCCUGCCCGAAUUCAAGAAGCCCGAAUUUUCGCUGCCCGAGUUCAAGAAGCCCGACUUUGCCCUGCCCGAUUUCAAGAAGCCCGACCUUGCACUGCCCGAGUUCAAAAAGCCUGAGUUCUCGCUACCCGAAAGCCUCUCAGAUCUGAAGGCGCCUUCCUUCUCCCUGCCCGAAUUCGCCAAGCCAGAUUUCAAGCUGCCCGACUCGUCCGAGCUUCCUCUCCCUAAAACCGACUUCAAGCUGCCCGACAUCCCCACCCCAGAGUUCAACCUGCCCGAGAUCCCGCUGCCAUCCAUCCCCAUCCCGAGCCUCCCCUCCCCAUCGAGCCUCCCCGUGCCGAAGCUAACCGUGCCUCGGGCGAUCUCCGAGCCUGUGGAGAACGCGGUGGCGGCGGCGUCCGCGUCGGUGGCGGCGGCGGCGGCGGCGGCGGCGGUGGCGCAGCGCGAGUACCUGGCGGCGUACUCGGCGCUGCGCGAGAGCGUGCCGGCGGACGCGCUGCCGCUGGUGGAGAAGGUGGAGGCGAACUUGGCUUCGCUGUGGGACGCCGCUAGCGGACUCACCAAGGAGGUGGCCGUGCAGGUGGCGGUGCUAUCAGCAGCAGCGGUGAAGGCGGCGUUUGGGGCGGCGGGCUUUGAUGCGGACGACACUGUCGUGGCCGCCACGCUCAUCGCCACCGCCACGCUGCUGCUCGGAGUGGCGUAUUGGAGGGCGGCGUACGGCGGGUAUUCGGGCAAUCUGUCAGCAGAGGAGGCACUGGCGGUGCUCAAGGAGAGCAAGGCCGUGCUCGUUGACAUCCGCCCUGAGUACCUGAGGGACGAGAACGGCAUUCCUGACCUGCGCAGGGGGGCGCGUUUCAAGGACUGCAGCGUCAAGUUUGAGAAGCUGGGCGGGCCUCUGAGGGGGCAGGUGCGCAGCCCAGACGUGGUGGACCUGCAGCUCAUGGCCGCCAAGAUCAAGGGCGUCAGGGGCGUGCAGAAGGACACGCAGGUGAUUAUAAUGGACGAGAGCGGCAGCAACCUUGCAAAGGAGAUUGCUAGGGGCCUCUCCAGAGUGGGCUUUAAGCGCUCGUACGUGAUGGAUGGGGGAUUUGACGCGUGGAUGGCCAGUGGGCUGCGAGUCAAGCCCAACGAGCCCGAGCGCGCAGCUGACGUCCUCAAGAAGGAGUACGAGGCGUUUGUGGAGGACGUGCAGCCCACGCCCCUAGGAGUGGCCACCGUGGUGCUCGGCACGGGAGUCGGCAUUUUCGCCCUCAUCGAGUGGGAGCGGUCACUGCAGCUGUUGGGAGUGCUCGCAGUGGUUCAGCUGAUCUACAUGCGCGUCAAGACAUACGAGACCGAGGAGGACCUUCAGCGGGACGUGCGAGCUCUGCUGACGCCCUUCUCGCUAGCAGCAUCGGCAGCAGGGUGGGCCCUUGGCACCUCCUCUUCUGCCUCUGCAGCACCCAAGGCAGUCAAGCAGCUCACAGAUGGGGAGGGUGAGGGGGGGAGCGAGAGGGAGGGGGGGAGUGAGAGCAAGGCCCCAGAGGCUUCCAGUGCGCCUGCUGCUGCUGCCACCUCAGCUGCUGAUGUGACGGUUCAGACUGACAAUGAAUUCAUCUCCUGUUCAGCUCCCUCUCUCGGAUCCGCCAUGGCGAUAUCGGCCGCCAUUCGCGCUCCCGGCGCUUCCAACCUCACACGGGCCUGCGUCAACUGCACAAGCAAACCCGGCCCGGGACGGAUGACGUCAGCGUGUGCGUCCGUGACAUGCCAUCCCAGAUGCACGCUUCGGCUCGCGUCCAAUCAGCCGUCGACUCUCGCCUCACGCAACUCGCUCACUUGCCGCCCGUCCAAGAGACUGAUCUUUGGACCAGCCCUGAAGCAAUACUACGGCGGCAGGACGCAACGGAAGCCGCCUCCGUACCCGAUAUACACUAUACUCGCCGACGCUACAGCUUCUACCUCGCUAGAAGACAAACCCGUUACCAGCAAACAAUCCGUCGCCGUCCUCGAAUGCGACUGCCACGUGGCGGGCCUGCUGCCAGCUGGACGGCGUCAUCAUGAAGGCUCAAACGGUCCCAACGGAUCGGUCAACGGCUCGGUCAGGCGGAGGUCGGCCAAGCGCGGGCCGUGCAACGUGUGCGGAACCGGUAAGCCUUUGAAAGCCGUGGCAGUACCGACCGAUAAGCCCCAAGGCAGCAGCAGCAACACCAACGGCGGGCUUUGGGGCCUAGCUAGCUCACUAGGUGGUUUACUGACUCCCGACGCUGAUAUCAACGUGCUCUCCUCCCCCUCCCUGCUUUUCCCCGCUCCUGGCGGCGUUGUUGGCGGUGCUGACAACGCACUGUACUUUACAGAAGAUGAGGAGGAUGAGGAAGAGGAGGAGCGGCUGUACGACGCAGUGAGUCUCAGCAGCAGCAUCAGCAGCAGCGGCGACGAUGUGAGCAGCGAGGGAGGGUUCAGCCGCGUGAGCAGCACCAGCAGCCUGUCCGGUCUGGACGACCGUGUACGCGUUAAAGUGCAUCCGGGCCGCGCGGACAUCUUUAACGGAGCGGAGCAUCUGAGACUGCACGCGGACGGCAUGAUGGAGCUGCGGCGCGUGAAGGACGGCGUGCCUGUGCUCAUCACCGCGGGGAGAGUCUCCCUCCCUGACACCUGCCAUGACUAUAUCGAGUCGUGCGAGAUCACCGUGCUGGACGAGUCGAUCGGCGCCGUCCAGCUGAAGUGGAUCAACGGCUCUGCGCUGCGCGUGGUGGCGGCGAGCCCCGCGGGCGUGGAGAAGGGCGAUCUGUCGGCGCUGCCAUUCGACCGCGACCACGGCAACCCCGCCUCCGACCCCUCCUGGGCCAAGAAACUGGCUUGUGGGUUCGUGUGUGAGUUCAGCGUGGCGCAGCACGCGGAGCAGGAGGCGCGCGGAAUGGCGGAGGUGGAGCUGGACAUGCGCGCCGCGGGGUACUGGUUCGGCGGCGGGCACUACAUGCGCCAGCAUUGGCCCCUCAACCGCGGCCAGUUCGAGAUGGGCCCCUUCUUCCCGUUUGACAACGGCCCAAAUGGCACCAACACGCUGCUCGCCCCGCAGUGGAUGACCUCGCGCGGGCUGCUCGUGCUGGCCAAUCCCGACACGCCCUUCCUGCACGUGGGGCUGAACGCGCCCCACGUGGGCCCCCACGACGGCUGGAUCCAGCGCUCCUGGGGCACGGGCGUGCAGAACCUGGCGCGCGAGUCGCUGCCAGCGGUGGAGAACGGUACUGGGGACGGCAUGCUGCGCCUGCAGGCGCGCGCCAGCUACCGCACAGUCGAGAUGCUGCACCCACUGCGCGACUGGAUGCCCGCGCCCUGGAAGGAGGAGCAGGACAAAGACCAGCGCCUCUGCCUGCAGUUCGCUCUGUGCGCCACAGCCAACGUGAAGGAGGCUGCAGAGGCCGCCCUGGAAACUCUCCCGCGCCCCGCCAACCCCCCUCCGCGGGAGAUGGUGGACGCGCCGAUCUGGACGACGUGGGCGCGGUACCACGCCAAGGUGACGCAGGCCAAGGUGGAGCAGUUUGCGCAUGAGAUCGUGGGGCGCGGGCUGUCACGGUCCGUCAUGGAGAUUGACGACAAGUGGCAGACCAAGUAUGGGGACUUUGACUUCGACCCCGUCAAGUUCCCCAACCCCAAGGCCAUGGUGGAGAUGUUGCACGCGCUGGGCUUUAAGGUCACGCUCUGGAUCAUGCCCUUCGUGGAGGAAGCUUCCGCUGCCUACCAGGAAGGCGCGCCCAAAGGCUACUUCAUUUCAUCCAGUGCACCGGCCACCAAGGGGCUCAAGCCGGGCUUCUUCAAGUGGUGGCAGCCCGUGCCAGCAGCGGCCCUCGACGUGACCAACCCCGAGGCCGUGGCCUGGUUCGUGGGGCGCCUCAAGCGCCUGCAGGCCGACUACCUCAUCGACGGCUUUAAGUUUGACGCGGGGGAGCCCUGCUUCCUGCCCCCGCACUUCGUCACGCACAAGCCCAUCGUCACCCCUGUGGAAUACACGCGGCUCUACGUGCAAGAGGUGGCAUCUCAAUUUAGUUACGCGGAGGUGCGCACGGGGCACAAGACCAGCAGCGUGCCGCUGCUGACGAGAAUGGGCGAUCGGUUUUCCACGUGGAGUACAGGGAACGGGCUGAGGAGCGUGAUUCCCACGCUGCUGACGUCAGGGAUUCUGGGGUACCCAUUCUGUUUACCCGACAUGGUAGGGGGCAACGCGUACUUUGGCAACAAGCCGGACGUGGAGCUGCUGGUGCGGUGGGCGCAGGCCAACGCGCUCAUGCCGGCCGUGCAGUUCUCCAUCGCCCCCUGGGACCUCAGCAAGGAGGCCGACCGCCUCUGCAAGGCUGUUCUCGAGCUAAGGGAGAAGCUAGCGGGCACCAUAUUCAGCCUCAUGGAGGAUGCAUGCUCCAAGGCCCUCGCCCCCGUGUGCCGCCCCAUGUGGUGGCUCGACCCCGACGAUGCCGAGACGUUCCCCAUAGACGACCAGUUUGCGAUAGGCGAUGACAUCAUAGUGGCUCCCGUGGUGGUCAAGGGGCAGAAGAAGCGCGACGUCUACCUCCCCAAAGGCACAUGGUGCGAGCUGCUGAACCCGUCCAACACGUUUGAAGGCCCCACCUGGCUGGAGGAUGUGGAAGCCCCCCUCCACAUCAUCCCCAUAUACUGCCGAGUCGUGCCGACCGACAUUGCGUCACCAAACCAGGAGGUUGGGCAGGAGGCGGCAGAGCAUGCAAGCGCAAUGGUGCCGGUGCCCGUUCGGAUAGAAGACGCAUCGCUGGUGCUUGCUGAUAGUGAGGCUCUUGCGGAGGGCUCAGCGACGCAGACAGUGAAAUGCUGA